GCGAGCGCUUCUAAAAAAAAAUAAUAAUAUUGAAUAAAAACUUAUUCAAAAUAAUAUAUGUGAAUAAUCUUAAAUAUAGUACAGUUUUAUAGUUCGCGUUAAAUCGUGUUCAGGGCUCGAUCGAAUAUUGUUGGUUCUUCGUACAAUUGCAGUUCCUGCAUCGUAUAAAAUAUAUUACAUUCUGAUUAAUAACCUACGAUUACCUAUACCUACACGAAUUGUGAUCUAAUUACGUAUGUGUCGUUAAAAAAAAAAAAAACAAACUGUUACAGUUCCAAUAAUAUUGUAUUUGCAACUGCAGCCUAUAUUUCAACUUGUCAGUAUAAAUAUUGUACUAUAUAAUAUAUAUGUAUACCCAGAUUGGUAUUUUAUUUAUCAUCGAAAUUGUCGGUUAUCUCGAGUGUCGCCACCGCCUCUAUUGCCGCCGUCGUUCGCGACUUUAUACUUCCUACUUCUUGGCUCUUAUAACGUUUCAUACCAACCCACUUCUAUAUUAUAGAUAUCUACCUAAAAUACACCGUCAACCCAUCGCGGUUUACAACUACGCGACCUAAGUAUAGGUAAUAAUUACUAUAAUCCUUUGAACGAUCAUCGCCACCGCCUCCGCCGUCAUGUUGUUCGUCGCCUUGGUAGAAUUCGUCAUGGUGUCCGUCUGCAUGUUCGCGUCCAGCGCUGGCGUGGCGAUUGCCGUUGUCGCCAUCAUCGCGUACACAGUGUACGGCAAGCUCAACAGACAUAAACUGCUGUGCAUCCAACAGCGGGAUAUUUUAAACACCAAAUUAAAAGCGAAAGUGGCGUCCAAGGCGGGAAAUGAUCAAGAUAAGUUUUUUGAAGUCCGCGAUUAUUUGGAACGGCUAGUGGAAGGGCUGGUGGACGGAGGCCUAGAUGACGUAUGCCUCACACCCCUGUCCACCCACCCGCUGUACAUGUCAAUAUGUUGGAAGUACCACGAACAGUUGGCUACCACGCUGACAGAAGCCAUACACUCCAUCAUAAAUGAGUCUGAUGAGUUUGACGRCAUUCCCAUAAAAUUAAAUACAAUUUUGGAAGAAGUGUCGCAUGACGUAGAACAUCUUCCAGAGCUACAG